AUUGUUCAAGAAAGAGAACAUUGAUAAAAAAAAAUGAAAGAAUAGAAGUAUAUUGAAAUUCUCAAAACUUUAUGCAAGUGACACAAUAAUUUAACAAAAUAGAAUAAAGUUUAUUAUAAAGUGCAAGAAACUUCACAAGAACCAAAGAAAAAUAGUUAGAAAAAUUAAGAGAGAUGCAUCGAUUUAGCAAUUCAGUGAUAGGGUUCUUGAACUUUUUCACACUCUUAGCAUCAAUACCAAUAAUAGGAGCAGGACUAUGGAUUUCAAGGAGCACAACAGCAUGUGAAAAUUUCUUCCAAGAACCACUUUUAAUCAUAGGAUUUAUUGUUCUUGUGAUUUCACUAGUUGGUUUCAUAGGAGCAUGUUUUCAUGUGGCAUGGGCACUUUGGGUUUAUUUGGUGGUUAUGUUGUUACUUAUAGGAACAAUUAUUGGUUUGACUAUAUUUGGAUUUGUUGUGACUACUCAAGGUGGGGGUGUUGAAGUGCCUGGUAGAACUUAUAUGGAGUAUCAUCUUCAAAAUUAUUCACCUUGGUUGAAGAAAAGGAUUAAGGAUCAUCAAUAUUGGAGUACUAUUAAGAGUUGUAUUAUGGGGUCUAAUACUUGUUCAAAACUUGCUUCUUGGACCUCUCUUGAUUAUAUGCAAAGGGAUUUGUCUCCAAUUCAGUCUGGAUGUUGUAAACCACCAACAACAUGCAACUUCAACAUGGAAACAACAUUGGUGGAUCAAGAUAUUGAUUGCUACCGUUGGAACAAUGCACCAAAUUUACUAUGCUAUGAUUGUGAUUCUUGCAAAGCUGGUGUACUUGAAAACAUAAGAACAGAUUGGCACAAAGUUUCUGUUCUUAGUGUUGUUAUUCUUGUUUUUCUUAUAGGAAUAUAUUCUAUUGGAUGUUGUGCUUUCAGAAAUGCAAGAAGAUCUGAAACUGAUUAUCCACAUGGUGAAAAUCGUAUGAGGAAAGUUAGACCUAGAUGGGAUUACUAUUGCUGGAGAUGGUGGCAUGAUAAGAAGGAGCAGCUUUUUUAGAGAAAAGAAGCAAUGAUGUCUAUCAUGAGAUUGUGUGUGCUCUAAAGAUAGGACAUUAUAGAAUCCAAGAACUUUUAUAUUUACCAUGAUAUUGCUUUUGUACAAAUUUUCAUUUUCAUAUUAUAUCUAUGCAUUUCUAGCUUUAAUUUUUCUUCCAUGCAACACUUUUAAGAGUAAUGUAUGGUUCAAAUUUCUUGAGUUACACAAUUAUUCUUGAGUUCUCUUGACUUGA